AUGCCCAGAUUGGAGGCGACCCUGGACCGCAUGAGGGAGUACGGCAUUCGAGGCUCCGCGGUGACCUAUGGCACCAUCGUCAAGGCAUAUGGACGAGCUGGCAACAUUGAUCGAGUGCUGCAGGCGUGGGAAGAGAUGCAAGCGGAGGGCUUGGAAGCCAAUGCUGUGACCUAUGGCUGCAUGUUGGAUGCCUGCGUGAAGUGCGGGCACCUCGAGAAGGCCUUACACAUCUUCGCCAUCAUGAAGCAGCGAGGCCUGCAUCGAAAUACCAUCCUCUAUGCCACUCUCAUCAAGGGCUUUGCCAAGUCAAAGGAUCCCUUGGCGGCGAAGAACUUGUACCGCGAGAUGCGCUCCGAGCGCGUGCCGUGCAAUGUGGUGGUCUUCAACAGCCUCAUCGACGCCUGCGUUCGCGCCUGUGACUUGCAGGGGGCCGGUGAGGUGCUGCAGGAGAUGACAGCCACCAAUGUUCGUCCCGAUCUGAUCACGUUUAGCACCCUCAUCAAGGGCUACUGCAGCAAUGGUGAGCUCUCCAAGGCGAUGCGACUGCAGGAAGAGCUUCAAGCACGACAACUGGAAUGCGACGAAAUCGUCUACAACUCCCUGUUGGAGGGCUGUGUCAAGGCUGGGGACCUGCAGCUGGGGCUGCGGAUGUUCUCCGAGAUGCGACAGAAACACGUGCGCCCCAGCGCGGUCACCUUCUCGAUCUUGGUGAAGGUGGGGGAAUCCAUGGGGAGCAGAUGA